UGAUUGGCAGGAGAGACAGUCACAUUUAAAACAAACAAACUAAUUGAGCACAUUUGCGAAAUUCGGAUUAAAAUGGGAAGAAAAGUUGUAUUUCACAACAGAACAACUUCGAAACAUCAACAGUCGACAACAUGUCCUUAUUUGGAGCUGACGUAGAUAGAGUUUGGCCUACCGUGGCCGAGGAUUCCCAACCGCUGACGGAUUUCGGGCGCAAACUGCUGAAAGAUUGCCGGAAGGUGAAGAAGCCAGUUGCCGGACCGGAGGAGUCGGCUAAGUUGAUUGCCAAAUCCAGGACUUUUCCCCUGGAGUUUGGCGUAGAGAGUGUCCGGGUGAAGUGUCAGAGCUCCAAUAGGCUGACUAGCAUCAACGAGCAGAUUGCCUCCGUCUAUCCAGUAAUACACGAGCGCACUCUGGGUCUCUACCUGCAGUAUCUGGAGCACAAGUGCCAAUGGGGCAAUUCCGUGGAGAAGCCCAUUUACCAGCCACUCUCCCUCUGCGGCUUCGUACAGCGACUCCUGGAAAAGCGCUGCGCCAGCUUCUUCGCCCGAAACGACAAGUACCUGCUGCUGAGCGGCGAGAAGGGGGCCAGCGGCUUUGAGAGCGUUGGCACACCGGAGGAGAAGGCACCUCUAGUCCUGGCCGAAGUUCUCAGCUACGAUGACAUUAAACUGUCCGCCCUGCUGUCCGUUAGCUCUCUCACCGAGUUCAUCAACGAGGGCGAACGAACCAAUUGUGGGCGAGUCGAGGGCUCCAAGACCUUGGAGCCGAGCGGUGUUAUCGUCGGCAUGAUCGGAGCCCGCUUGUCGCGUCGUAAUCUUAUGGAGUUCCAGGACAUUGUAAUUGCACGCACGCAGAACACCCGAGAGAAAGGGUAUGGCCUGGCGCUGGAUGCACCGGCCAAAACACGGGCCGAAGACUACCGGCGUUUGUGGCGCGGUUUCUACGACACCCGGGAUCUGCUCCACGGCCAGGCCACCAUUGAUAACCAGCGCUUCGGACCGUCGGGCAACAAGUUGGACGUUUUCGACAAUCUGGUGAUGAAGCGGCGCUAUGCCAUAAGCUUCGAUAUGCUGCUUCUGGAAGCUCAGGCACGGGCGCAGUUGGCCAACAAGUCAGCCUACAUCCAUGUGGUGGGCUUUGGCCUAGGCGUGUGGAAGGUGGCCGCCCAGCAGGAGCGCAUCUUUCUGGAGACCUUCGAGCAGCGCAUGCGCACGCUGGGCAAACGGCUAAGCCAUGUGGGCAUUGUGCAUUUCUCCUGGUUCUCUAUCACCGACUGUGGUGGUCUACGCAACGGCUCCCUGGUAAAGAUUAAAGGGCAUCCAGACAACGGCAUACGAGUGUGCAUAUCAAAGCGCAAUCCGGCAACGAAAUUGAGUCCAGAGCUGGAGAACAUGCUGCUGGUGGUGUCCUAUGCCUGGGAUGGCAAUGCGUUGCCGGGCAACGAGUUCUGGAUGAAAAUGCUCAAGUCUACGGGCGACUCCUCCACAGCUUGCCACACAUUGGUGGCGGAGCUACACAACCCUUACAUAAACACGGACUUUUGUAAUGGCAACAACCUGCACAUUGCCUCGCCAGAGCACGGCGUCAUCCAUGUCGCCGAGUACGCCAAGCGGGUGCUACGGAGCGAGAGUGACAGUCAGGGAUCUAAGGCUAUCUAAUCUUAUCUAAUCGCUGAAGCAUUCUGGCCGCCGUGUCUUUCAACGCCGGCUGUGUAGGUCAACUAUAUGACCUUUCCACGGGAGUUAAGCAUGACAAGAGCUUGUAAGCCAUAAGAUUUAACCAACUUUAUGUUUGUAAAACGUGUAUAUACAACUUUUUUUAAAGUGAAAUGCAAUAAUUCAGUGUAAAGAUCA